AUGCCGCUCCCGGCGCACAUACAGUCCCGACGGGACUGCCUCACCUUCGUGGUGCUGGGGGCGACUGGCAAUCUCGCGCGACGUAAAUUGUUACCCGCGCUGUUCCAGCUGUACCUGACCGGGCACCUGCCCCCGCGGGCUAGGAUCGUCGGCGUGGGAAGGACCGAGCUGACCGACGAGCAGUUCCACGAGUUCGUCGCGGCUGCGAUACGCCAGGCCUCGAGCAUCGACGACGACGCCGCCGCCGCCGCGGAUGAAUCCCUUCGCGCGACGUUCGACCUGUGCGAGCGUUGGGAGGCGGAGAAUCCCGACGCGCCGCGCCGCAACCGCCUCUACUACUUCGCCAUGCCGUCCGAGCUGUACCCUCCGGUGGCGAACGCGGUGCACCGCGGGGGCAGGGCCGUGGACGGGGGAUGGACCCGUCUGGUGUUGGAGAAGCCCUUCGGAUCCGACGCCGUCUCGGCGGCGGCGCUCAACCGCCACCUGGCCAAGGCGUGGAAAGAGAAUUCGCUCUACCGCAUCGACCGAUACCUGGGCAAGGAGGUGAUCGAUAACCUGCUCGUCAUGCGGUUCGCCAACCGGCUGCUGACGCCCAUCUGGAACCGCGAUAACAUCGCGAACGUGCAGAUCAUCCACAAGGAACCGUUCGGCGCGAUCAGCGACUACUUUGACAGGCACGGCAUCAUCCGCGACGUCCUCCAAAACCACCUGCUCCAAAUCCUCGCCGUGCUCGCCAUGGACAGACCGGUCAGUUUAGACCCGGAGGACAUCAGGGACGCGAAGCUGAAGGUGCUGAGGCAGGUCGACAGGGUGGACGUCGAACACAGAGUCGUCGCCGGACAGUACGUCGCGCACGAGGGUAAGCUCGGGUACAAAGACAACCCCAGCGUCGCCGCCGAUUCCCGCGCGCCCACGUUCGCGAUGAUCGUCCUGAACAUCAGGAACGAGCGCUGGGACGGCGUACCUUUCAUCUUAAAGGCGGGCAAGGCUCUGAACGAGAAGCGGAGCGAGAUUCGCAUUCAGCUGAGGCAAACGCCGGGGGACAUAUUCGGCGACCAACCGGCGGCUGACCAAAACGCGUACGCCGGUCCGAACGAAUUUGUCCUCCGACUCCAACCCCACGAGGAGAUGUACAUGAAGCUCACGAUCAAGGAGCCCGGGCUUGGGGUCCAACCCGUUCCGAGCGAGAUGGAGCUCUCCGGCCGGUGGCGCGCGGAGCAGCUCCGCAAGGAAGCCGCGGGCGAGGCUCCCCGGCGAGCCUACGAGCGGCUCCUGCUAGACGCCGUGCACGGCCACCAGGCGCACUUCGUCCGCGGCGACGAGCUCGAGGCGGCGUGGUCCAUCGUCGACCCGGUGAACGCCGCGAUCGCGCGGGGUGACGUGCCCCUGCACGAGUACCCCUUCGGCACGCGGGGGCCCACGCAGGCGGACGCGCUGCGCGCCGCCGUUGGUCACGUUGCGUUUGUCGUCCCCAGAGACGGGGUGCACCUCAGCAGCGCGGAUGACCUGGCGAGCUACGACUUCUCGCCAAAGUACGCGUCGGUGCCGGUUGGGGACGUGUGGGGCAGGGCGAUGGACACCGGGCCGGGGUUGAUGCCGCCGACGCACCCGGCGUGA